UCGGGGCCCCGGAUCGGGCCGGGCCGGGACGGGCCGAGACGGGACGGGACCUGUCGGGAGCGACCGACCGACCGACCGACCGACGGGCCGCCCGUCGCCGAGGGGGGCAUGAAGCGGUGAUCGGCGGCCCGAGCCGCGGAGGCAGGCGCCAUGAAUCUGUUACCGUGCAACCCGCACGGCAACGGGCUGCUCUACGCGGGCUUCAACCAGGACCACGGUUGCUUUGCAUGUGGAAUGGAAAAUGGCUUCCGUGUCUACAACACCGAUCCACUGAAAGAAAAGGAGAAACAAGAAUUCCUGGAAGGAGGAGUUGGACAUGUGGAAAUGUUGUUCCGCUGCAACUAUCUGGCCCUAGUUGGGGGCGGGAAAAAGCCCAAAUAUCCGCCCAAUAAAGUUAUGAUCUGGGACGAUCUGAAAAAGAAGACUGUUAUCGAGAUCGAGUUUUCCACAGAAGUCAAAGCCGUCAAGCUGCGGAGAGACAGAAUCGUGGUGGUUUUGGAUUCGAUGAUUAAAGUCUUCACAUUCACACACAACCCACACCAGCUGCACGUCUUCGAGACCUGCUACAACCCCAAAGGUCUGUGUGUCUUGUGCCCGAACAGCAACAACUCGCUCCUGGCGUUUCCCGGCAGCCACACGGGCCACGUGCAGAUCGUGGACCUGGCCAACACCGAGAAGCCGCCUGUUGACAUCCCCGCGCACGAGGGCGUCCUGAGUUGCAUCGCGCUCAACCUCCAGGGGACCAGGAUCGCCACGGCAUCCGAGAAGGGCACCCUCAUUCGCAUAUUUGACACCUCAUCGGGGCACCUGAUCCAGGAGCUGCGGAGGGGAUCGCAAGCGGCCAACAUUUACUGCAUUAACUUCAAUCAGGACGCCUCCCUCAUCUGCGUGUCCAGUGACCACGGCACCGUCCACAUCUUCGCGGCCGAAGACCCCAAGCGGAACAAGCAGUCCAGCUUGGCGUCGGCCAGUUUCCUGCCUAAGUACUUCAGCUCCAAGUGGAGUUUCUCCAAGUUCCAGGUUCCCUCAGGCUCCCCCUGCGUCUGUGCCUUUGGAACGGAGCCCAACGCCGUCAUCGCCAUCUGUGCCGAUGGCAGCUACUACAAGUUCCUGUUCAACCACAAGGGUGAGUGCGCACGCGACGUGUACGCCCAGUUCCUGGAAAUGACCGACGACACCCUCUGAUGGGCCCAAGUCCACCCCUUUGCCUAGCCUAGGGGACUGGUGCAGGCUGGGCAGUGGCGGACCUGGACUGAGAGCACAUGGCGGUGGUGGAUGGGGCGGGCAGUCGAAGUGCUUGGGCGACGUGGCACCUCGCCUUCUGUCGGACUGUCAGCAGCGCUUUGGGCCUCGCCCACCCGUGCACCCCCAUCCCACAUGGCAAUCCCGGUCCUCCCUCCCUCCCUCCCACCCCCCUGCAGUGGUCUGAACCAGCCUCAGGGGCGGGGGAGGGAUGGUGGAAUGAAGCAUGGCAGAAUGAGGUCUGCAGAAGAGCGACACCAGCAGCCUUAGCGCGUGGGGACGAGGUCCGGCCCUGAGUAGCAGGGCCUCAUUGAGCCCCCAGCGCGUCUCUCCUCUCGUGCGGGAUCCUGCCGGGCUUAGCGGACUCGGCUACAGAGCUCGAGGUUGGGGGAGCUCUUCCCCGCUAUCACUACUUUCGGGAGGAGAGAUUUCACACUCUAAAGCACCGUCCGACCUGCACCGACCACGUGUCACCCGUUUCCGUAGUAAGAAUGUUGACUAACGUUGCCGUAGCCUUCGACGUCGGGACGCAUGUUGCUUUUGUGUAUUUAAUCAUGUAUCAUUUGUUUUGCACACUUGUUUAACGUUUCUUUUCAAUAAAAGUGACUAAUUUUU